AUGUUUACAUUAUCAAGUAUCGUAGAUUUUAAUUUACAACCAAAUAAAAUUUCUCGUAGAAAUAAUAAUGAAAAAACUUUUCCAAAGCCCCUAUUUUUUCCAGAAGAAUGUUUACAAGAAAUUUUUUCAUAUUUUUCAAAUGAUGCGUCAACAUUAUCAAAAUGUUUAUUAGUUAAUAAAUUUUGGUUUAAAAAUGCAGCUUCAAUUCUUUGGAAAUCACCUUUUGAUAAAUUACAAAAUCCUUCAGCAAAAUUGAUUGAAACUUAUUUAAAAUUUCUUGAUAUUCGUUCGAAAACCGUCUUGUCUCAGAUUGGAAUCUUUUCAUCUUAUCCUUCUUCAUAUUCAUCCUUUUCUACACCUGAAUUUAAAUAUGCACAAUAUGUGAAAACUCUUCAUUAUAAAGGUUUAUAUGAGUCGGCCUGUGCUUUUAUUUUCGGUAAUAAUUGUCGACCAAAAGAUUUAAAAGGAGAAAAAAAAUGUCUCACAUUAGUUAGAGAAUUAAGCUUAUUUCUUAUUCGAAAAUGUCCAUCAAUUUAUAUAAUAUCGUAUGAUACAGAGGAAAUAGAUUUUUUUGUUCAAGAUAUAUAUUUAUCAUCAUUAACUUUAAUGCCAGAAGUAUAUCAUUUAUUUAAACGUGUAAGAAAAUUAAAUUGUGGUGGAAAGUAUAAAAAAGGUUCCUUAAUGAAUGUGAUGUCAUCAUACUGUAAGAAUCUUACAUCGUUAGAAUUAAACUUUUAUGAAUUUGAUAUGUAUUUAGAUGGGGAUCGAAAAGAGCCUAGUAAGAUGUCAAGUCUAUUAUUAGAACAAGAAGAUUUACGUAAUUUAAUUAUUAGAGGUCCUUUUCGUUUCUUAACAGAAUUUUUGACCCCAUUGGAAUCACAAUCAAAAUCUUUAAGUCUUAUACAUUUUGAGAGAGUACAAUUUAAUAAUUUAUUACUAUUAGAAUCUGUUACUACUUGUAAAAAUUUGGAAACGAUGAUAUUUAUCGAUUGUAUGAAUCUUAAUGAUGAAACUUUAGCUCCUUUGGCAUCAACUUCUUUCCUUAGGUUAAAAAAAUUAAUUUUUAAAAAUGCUCAUAAAUCACGUUUAGAUAAUUUGGCGAGAUUAAUUCAAAGAACAAAAGGAUCACUUCGAGAAAUAAGAUUUAGAAGGCGUGAAUUUAAAAAUAUGGUUAUCCGUAACGUACCAGAUAUUCCGAUUAAUGUGACAAAAACCAUUUCUAUUUGUUGUCCUAAUCUCAUAAUAUUUGAAGGUCAUUUAGAAAAAGAAACCAUGCCUCAUUUUCUUACUCUGCUUAACACAACAUUUCUUGAAAAAUUAUACAUUUCGUUGGAAUUUAAGAAAAAUUUUGAAUUUUUUAGAUCUCAAGUAGCAUUUCAAUUACCUGAUACUUUAAAUCAUUUAUCGAUUUCUAUAAGAGAACAAUUUUCUGUAAAAGAUUUAGAACAAUUUUUAGAAUUAUGUUCCGCUCCUUUAAUAAGUUUACAAUUUCCUCAAUCUUCCUUUAUCGAUGAUAAUUAUCUUGAUGUAAUCACAGAAUUUGCUAAACAAGUUGGAACUUUAAAAAAAGUUGCUUUUUCAAAAAAUUCUUUAAUUACUGAAAAAGGAAUUCAAAAAGCUAAACAAUCGAUUUCUUUCGUGAAAAAAAAUGGGGAAGAAAAAGUAUAA